AAGCAAUUCCUUACCUAUGAAAUACCUCCAAACAUAAGUUAAUUAUUUAGUUUGGCAGUAUCAAUCAUAACAUCAAUAUUUCAAACGUUUUUCUUAACAAAUAUAGUGCUGCCCCAUGCACCUAUAGUUUAUACUUUAUAUUACAUUAUUAAAUAACCCUUCUCUUCAUUCUAUUCCAACAAUUUCUCAAUUUUAUUCCAUUCCCAACCUCAAUUUUUUGGUCAAACUUAUUUUUUUCUUUCUUUCAGAAGAUGGGUUCAUUAGAAAGGUCAAAGAAAAAAACUCAUUUAUGGAAAAAAGCAAUGCUUCAUUUUUCUCUAUGUUUUGUGAUGGGUUUUUUUACAGGUUUAGCUCCAUCAGGUAAAUCUUUAAUUUUUCCUAGCAAAAUUGAAAUUUUAGCUUCAAAUGUAACAAAAUUUGUAGCACCUCAACCUUCUCAAAUUUCAACAAAAAAUGUUAACAAAAGUUGGAUAGCAUCAGCACCACAAAUUCAUAGCCAAAAAACAAAAGCAACAACAACUAAAUUGCAUGUAAAAUUAUUACCUCAAUUGAAGCCUAAAAGACUUGUAAUCAUAGUAACACCAACAAGCACAAAAUUACCUUAUCAAAAUGUUUUUUUAAGAAGGUUGGCAAAUACUAUUAAGCUUGUUGAUCAACCAUUGCUUUGGAUUGUUGUCGAAGCGAAAACCGAUUCGACGGAAUUGCCGGAAAUAUUAAGGAAAACUGGUAUUAUGUAUAGACAUGUGGUUUAUAGUGAAGAAUUUAUGGACUUAGAAGAUGAAUUGAAUCAUCAGAGAAAUUUAGCACUUGGUCACAUUGAACAUCAUAGAUUGAGUGGAAUUGUUCACUUUGCUGGUCUUUCUAAUGUUUAUGAUCUUCAAUUCUUUCAACAGCUUAGAGAUAUUGAGGUCUUUGGGACAUGGCCAACAGCACUAUUACUUGCAAACAGAAAAAGAGUGAUAAUUGAAGGACCUGUAUGUGACUCAUCUAAAGUCAUUGGAUGGCAUUUAAGGAUUAUGAACAAUGAGACAAUUACUUCUCCCAUUCAUAUCUCAAGUUUUGCAUUCAAUAGCUCUAUUCUUUGGGACCCUGAGAGAUGGGGCCGCACUUCCUCAGUUAAAGACACUUCUCAGAAUUCAAUCAAGUUUGUGAAGCAAGUAGUACUAGAAGAUGAGGCUAAGUUGAAGGGAAUUCCACCAGAUGAUUGCUCCAAAAUCUUGCUAUGGCGUUUCAACUUUUUUUAUGCACGCAUCAUUUCCAAGCACUAAUUUUUAAUUACUAUACAUGAUAUUAGUUAAAGAUUGAUAAAUGAUAGGGAAAAUAAUGAAUGUUGAAGCAAUUCAGAAAUUGGCCAUAUUGCUUUCCUAUGGAGUACAAAAUAUAUGAAAUUUAUUCAUUUUUUUUUCUUAUCUUUGUAAUUGUCUUCCGUAUAUAUUUUUAUUGAUUUUUGCUUCUUUUUUUUCAAAAAUUUUGUUAGCUUAUGUAAGAGAGUUAUGCUAUGAAGCAAAACAUUUAAAGCAUAUUGGAUUAUUUUUGUAACAUAAAGAUUCUCGAGCAAGCAAAUUAAAUUUGUUGUCUA